AUGGUGAAAAGACACCAUAAUGAAAGCUUGGUUGCGCAGAAGGAAAGCAAAAAGCCGAAGGGAAAUAUCGAAAAACUUCUAUCCAUCGAAUCAGCUGCGAAGAGAAGUAAUAGCAUCCCGAAAUCGAGAUCAGCUUGCAAGAGAUGCAGGUCUAAGAAAACCAAAUGCGAUCAAAAACUUCCGAGCUGUGGAAAAUGUACAAAACUAAACACUCCCUGUAUAUCAGUGGAUCCAGCCACCGGUGAAGAUGUACCCCGAUCCUAUAUUUUAUUUCUGGAGGAUAGAGUUUCUACAAUGGCUAGGGCGCUACUUGAUAAUAACAUUGAUCCCUGGAAGAUAUCUUUCAACGUACCCGGGAAAGAAGACGAUCCGCCAUAUAGGGAACAAUAUUUACAGGGUGAAGCUAUAAAUGACACUAUUUUGGGAAGGUUUUUAGUUAGAAGGGGAGAAGAAUUGAUUCAGGAUGUACCUAAAGUGAAAAAUGAAACUUCUCAGGAGUUUUUGAACCAUGAAACAUCUGAUUCCCAUAAUAUGUCCGAGAGAGGGUCUGCAGCUGAAUAUCCCAGAAAACGACUUGAACUUGAAGAAUCGAAUAACAAUAUAUCCCAGUUGGCAUCGAUGGAAGUACAGUCUGCAGAUUCAUUUCUUGGGGAUUCAUCUGGUAUAUCAUUUGCCAAAUUGGUAUUUACAGCGGCAAAUUUUUCACCUGAACUAAUGGUGAUCGAUCCUGAUAAUUCAAUUGAAAGUAAGGAAACGCAACUGAUUCAGUACAAAUAUAUCGAGACUGCGAAAGAGUUUGACUCUUGUCAACUUCCCAGUCGGGAAGAAGCAGAAAAACUGAUCAUGAGAUUUUUCAUCGACACAAAUUCUCAGCUACCGAUCUUUCAUCGCGAGUAUUUUCUGAAGAAGUAUUUUGAGCCGAUAUAUGGCAGCUGGAAUGGGCACCUGUCACUAGCAUCUGAUAAUACCAAAAUCAAUACUGCUUUUGAACUCCCAAAAAAUUUAUACACGACUCCAGAUAAUAAUGGCGAUGCGGAUUUGUUCGACCUUUCGAAACCCUGGCACCAACCUUACUUGAACUACAACGGAAGUAAAAAGUCAAACAACAAGAUAAAAGUACCAGCGAGGUUUGAGAUUCCUAUUUGUUUUUUUUUGAAUUAUUUGUUGUUUGCUAUAGGCCACACAACGCAGGUUUUAAAUGCCGAUGCUGUUAAGGUGGCCACUUUUAAAAGAUGUGCCCAAUCUUAUAGCGACUCUCUUUUUGCAACCACCGACCGACUGGAGGGAUUAUCUGGAACGUUGCUUCUUGCCAUAUACUCCUUGAUGAGACCGAAUGUACCCGGUGUAUGGUAUAUCAUGGGAUCCGUCUUGAGACUGACAGUUGAUUUAGGUUUACACACCGAGAAAUUGAAUCGAAACUACGACCCUUUCACCAGAGAGUUAAGAAGGAGGCUUUUCUGGUGUGUCUACUCGCUGGAUAGGCAGAUCUGUUCGUAUUUCGGAAGACCUUUUGGUAUUCCAGAGGAGAGUAUUACCACACGCUUCCCGAGCAUGUUGGACGACUCCAGCAUACUGUCGAAUGACCCGGCAGUGGACGACUACUCGGAUAACUCAGAGAUAAGUGGCUCAUCAAAAGUAGUAGCCACUGCGAUGUUCAAGAUACGAAAAAUACAGGCGUGCGUCGUAAAGGUCCUAUAUGCACCCCAUGCCGAACUGCCUCGUCAAUAUUUUAAUUUAGAGGAUUGGAGGACUGUGGUGAGCGCUGAUUUGGACCAUUGGUACAAAGUCGAAGUACCCAAAUCUUUCGAAAAUAUGAACUGUCAGUUUAACACCUACCUUUUCGACUUGAACUAUCACUACACGAAAAAUAUCCUGUAUGGUCUUUCACCAAAAUGUCCAACGCUAAAUGAGCAAGCUUUCCAGACUGUUUUCUCGAGCACAAAGGGUACCAUUGACGUGUUCCACGAUUUGAGGGUAACGAGAAAGCUAAGCUACACUUGGGUGGCUGUGCACAACAUGUUUAUGACAGGGAUGACGUACCUGUACGUGAUAUAUUACUAUUCUGGGAAAUCGAUAGACGAGUCCAGGGAAACGGUUGGAGAGUACACGGGGAAAGUUCUCAACGUCCUAAAAGAUCUGGUGGGGACAUGUGAGACGGCUAAAAACUGCCAUAAUACUUUCAAAGUGCUGUGCGCUGCUGUCAUCAGGUUGAGAUAUGGUGAUGAUGAGAUAUCUGGAACUGAUGUCAUUUUCGAGCAGUCCUGUGACGAAGAAAACCUUGAUUCGACGAACACUCUAUCGAAUGCAAUCAAUUUCUCGCUUGAUCAAUUCUUUAACGAGCUCGGAAGACUGGACAAUAUCGAUACUUCAAACCAUGUGAAGAAACCCACAGAGGACGCUACAGACGACCACAACACUACAGGUGACACGUCACCGUACAUACUAAAUCCCAUGAUGGGUCCAGCGGCAACGUCAAGCUCCGCUCUACCAAACGAAUCGAGAGAAACGGCACCACUACAGAAUUGCAAGAACUCCGUCUUCGAGAAGGAUAUGUCGGACCUGCUGUACCAAGUAACUUCCCAGUCUGUAUGGGAUGAACUCUUCCUCAAAAACGGGCCAGAAGAGACCCCGAACGGCCGCACAGGUAACGAGUUCAUGCUGCUCUGA